AUGUUACCCUGGAUGUCCGUCUCGUUGUCCGUGAACCAUGUCUCUCCACAGGGCCAGAAGAAUACCACGCUGGGCGGCAUUGAGCGGGGUCUGUAUCUACCGGCAGCGACGAUCGACAGAGUCUAUAUUAAUGGGGUUACAGGACAGGGGCGCUUCACCCAAAUUUCCGACUUCGUCCUGCGCAGCAUAAAUUUGCAUAGAACGUUCCCUAAUAUUUUCAUGCAUCUCCAUUCUAGACGCGGGGACGAUACCGAGAUCGACUACACGAGUGAUAUAGUCAAGCUGAACAAUAGUUCCAUCUUAACACCGACAAGACCUCAGCUGUAUAUGAAGACAUCUGGUGCGAGAAUUUCAUGUGAUAUUUGGCAUGCUGUCUCGCUAACUACCGAGGCCAUUGACCGACUUCCCGUCUUCUUCUUCCGCCCAUCCAUCGCCUUCGAUGCAUCGGCUGAUCUUCAACCAAAAUGA